CUUACUCCCCCAAACACUCUCACACUGUACUGAACAACGACACAGAAGGAAGCAGCAGCAUAAAGCGGGAGAGGGAACACAUUACCACACUAAUACUAUUACUAAUACUAAAGAGAGAAAGUGAGAGUGAGAGAGAAGGAUCAAUCUAAAUAAUGAGAAGUGAAUAUCUCUCAUAGUGUCGUACAGCAUACACCACACGCAUACAUUUGUACACAGACAUGGGACCAUUUCUCUGCGUUUAAAUUUUGAUCUUUUUCGUGGACGACAGGAUCCGAGUCUGCCGCUUCCCUCUCCAUAUCAUCAUCCUCCUCCUUCACCUUUUCUUUUCAUCUCUCUCUCUCUCAUUCUCUUCUUCUUCUUCGUUAACCUUCUCCUAUGGAAAUGGAGGACCAUCAUCGUCACCAUCAUCAGUAUGGCAUCACUGAUCUGAGGCAACUCGUUAACGGCCCUCGGCCGACUCAUUUCCCCACCAUGCCGCCACCGCCCAAGGCGGAGCUGUUCCCCGGCGACUCCAACCUGCAGGCUGCGACACAACAACACUACGAGAUGAUGAUGUUUGGUCGUCAAGUAGCCGACAUAAUGCCUCCUCGUUGUCUUCAUGACUUCGCCUCCACCGAUUCCGCCACCAACAUCGCCGUUGCCACUCCCACCACCACCCCUAGCGCCUCCACUCCUCCGCUUAGUUGCUUAGAGGCCGAGACCGCAGGAUGCAUCGGUGGAGACGCCUCCACUGGAAGAUGGCCCAGACAAGAGACUCUCACUCUCCUUGAGAUCAGAUCUCGCCUCGACUCUAAAUUCAAAGAGGCUAAUCAAAAGGGUCCCUUAUGGGAUGAAGUUUCUAGGAACAUGUCUGAAGAACAUGGAUAUCAAAGGAGUGGGAAAAAGUGCAGGGAGAAGUUUGAGAACCUGUACAAAUAUUACAAGAAGACAAAGGAAGGAAAAGCUGGAAGACAAGAUGGGAAGCAUUACAGGUUCUUUCGUCAACUUGAAGCCUUAUAUGGUGAAAACAGUAACCAAGCCUCGGUGCCAGAAACCAAUUUUGGCAGUGGUAGCCUUCGUUUCCACACAAGCAGCCACAAUAAUAACCCUUCUCAAACAAAUCAAGAAAUGUUUCAGUCUCAGAAGCAUUGUGACAGCCUAAGCCUCACCAACUCCACUGAUUUGGACACUUCAUCAUCGGAUGACAAUGAUCAAAAUAGCACUGGCAGGGAACUCAACAAGGACAAUGACUCCAUGGAGAAGAGGAGAAAGAGGGUGAGUGGAAGAAGCUGGAAGGUGAAGAUAAAGGACUUCAUUGACUCACAGAUGAGGAAGCUGGUGGAGAAGCAAGAGGAGUGGUUGGAUAAACUCACAAAGACACUGGAACAGAAGGAAAAAGAGAGAGUGUUAAGAGAAGAAGAGUGGAGGAGACAAGAAUCUGUAAGGUUGGAGAGGGAACACAAAUUUUGGGCUAAAGAGAGAGCAUGGAUUGAAGCAAGGGAUGCUGCUUUAAUGGAGGCUUUGCACAAAUUAACACGAAAUGAGAUAAUGAAGAGUACUCAUUCUCACGAGGGUCUAAUGGUAACUGGAAUUCAAAUCCACAGUGAAAACCAGAAUGAAGAUGGGAGUGAAAUACUAAAUAGCACUGCUGCCAGAGGUGCUGAAAGCUGGCCAGAAUCUGAGAUUGCAAGGCUUCGACAGUUGAGAGCUGAGAUGGAGACAAGGUAUAUGCAAAGUGGGUUUUCAGAAGAGGUUAUGUGGGAGGAAAUAGCUACCAAAAUGGCUUGUUUUGGUUACGAAAGGAGUGCUUUGGUAUUCAAAGAGAAAUGGGAAAGUAUAAGCAGCAACUAUGCAAGGAGUGCCAAGGAUGGAAGCAAGAAGCGCAAGGAAGACUCAAGAAGUUGUUUUUACUUCGAUAACAGUGACCAAUCUUCUCUGUAUAACCAAGGAGGUGCCUAUUGUGAUAUCAAUGAUCAAAGGCACGAGACUGGGAGGCUGCAAACAAAUGACGGUUCUUCACCUUCCAAUUCAAAUGUUGGAAAUGCAGUUGCGGGUGAUAACUGCUUUCCCUUCUUGAUGACUGAGGGUGGAAAUUUGUGGGAGAACUAUAGCUUAAAGGUUAAUAAAGCAUGCCAAAACCAGUGAUGAGAGUGAAAAAAAGUUUGACACUUGUAAGAGGCAAGAAAAUUUCACAGCCUUUUAUCAGAUGAUCUCACAUUAUGUAAGCAAGAGCUAACUGAUGAGGGUCGUUUAUGUAUAGAGACUGAUGAUGAUAAGGUGAUCAAUCUUAUUAUAUUUAUGGGAAUCAAGGUGAAAAAUAAUGUGUUCAAGUCACGUACGUAAGUUUAAUGAGGGAGACUAGACAUUGGCAAAAUUUCACAGGUGAGUAUGACACUAAUUCAGGUGAGUUUCUCUUGUAGCAGAUUUCUUUUAUGCGUGCAAAAUGGAAUUUGCAAUUUUAUAUUACUUCACAUGUUGCAUCUUCAAUGAUGUUUAUAUAUCAUUAGUUGUUAACCCUCUUUUUCCGUCCACCUUCCACCUUCCACACCUAUGUUGCCUUUCUUUUUUAAAUUAAAUUUUUGGAUAUAUAUCUGUGCUGGCCUUUUGUGUUUGUGUACUGAAAGGCUGUAAUUAAGGUAGCAAUUUCUUUGGUAUUUAUUUAUUGGUCAAUAGUGUUAUGAACCGGGAGAAAGUGAUGUAUUGAUGUAAUUGUUUAAGCAUCGGACAUUGUUACAAGCAUAAAAAAGGCCCGAUUUUCUUA